UGGUUUAUUUUUGUUGGAAACAUAAUUGUCUGUGGCUAGGAUUUGGAAGUACAUUUUACCCGCCAAACUGCCAGAAAGUGUAAAUGUGGGUGUUACUGCCCUCUUGUGGCGACCUAAUGUAUUUGCUUUUUCACGACACAGAUGAGUUGAGUAAACUUGGAGAUCAGAGACGUUUUCCUUUUUCAGGGUGUUAACACAGUGCAAAUGUGCUGUGCUGUCGUGAGGUCUGAUUUCACACACAAUCGAAUUAAACACUACUUCUCAUGCAACUACAACACAGUGAGACAGAAAGAAAGAAAAAGAAAGGAAAGAAAGAAAUGCACUGGAGGUUUGCCAUGUUGUGUUACUGUAUCUGUUGCUGAUGUUUUGGUCUGCAAAACUACUUUAAGAUAUAAAGAAUACAAUGGUGAAAGAUUAACAAACGUGUCUUAAGACAAACUUUUUUGACAAGAACCCAAACAAUGCAAGACAGGGGGAUACUAUUGAAUUAAGUUCUGCAUACAGAAUUUAGAGUUAAAGGAAUAGUUUGAUAUUCUGGGAAAUAUGCUUAUUUGCUUUCUUGCCGAGUGCUACCGCUCUCAUGUCCGUGUGUUAAGUAACUGGAGCUAAGCUUUGCAUAGACUGGAAGCAGAGGGAUUUUUAGCAUACACCUACUAACACUUCCAAAGCUCACCAAGUGAUCACCAAGUCUGAAAAUGAAUACCUCGGAUUUCUAGUUGGUGGAGAGCAAAACAGAGCGAAAAUUAGAGUGAAUGUUGGACUUACCAGAAGUUAUCGCAGCUUUAACAUGAAUCUUAUUUGUUUAAUCAGUAGUGUAACUAUUUCUUGAUAAACUAAAGUUUGUCCAUCCACCCAGCAUUUCUCUGCAGCGUGUUCUGCUGGUUGCCUGGUUCAUGUUCACAACAAGUCACAGUGCCCGGUUUGCCAAGAAAUAGUUACAGCAUGUAACUCCCCGUAACAAUGGUCUUUUCUUCCAUUGCUGUCUGUGUAUGAAUUAAACAAACAAGAUGCGGCAUGUUAAAUUGUGAGCUUUAGAGGUAUGUUAAGCAUAUUUUUUAACUUUGGACGGAGCAGGGCUAGUUGUGUCCCCCUGCUUCCAAUUUGUAUGUUAAGCUAAUGGCCUUCAUGGAAAUGAGAGUAGUAUUAAUCUUCUUAUCUAACUCUUGAAGAGAAAACUAAUAAGCGUUUCUCCAAAAAUGUUGAACAGUUCCUUCGUUUAAAUAAACAACACAGUUUCAGAAGACGUCCAUGAGAGUGGCAGUUUUUGGUGCUUUGCCGUUACAAAAAUUGGUUAAAGACUUAUUGAUGUUUAUUUACAACAAUUAAGAAGUCUGAUGUUGAGAAAAUUGUUGUUCUACAUUUGAGAAUGACAUUUUCCUAAAAGAAUCCUAAACUGCUCAUGAAGUGACUGAUGUUGCCUUCACCACUAAUCAAUAACAAAUCUAUGAGUUUAAGUUGGAGAAGGCAGCAAUGUUCUCCUAAUAUGGAUCCCCUGAGAUUUAAAAUACCUUUCUUUUUAGUACACAAGUCAAAUGAGUUUCUCAAUAUUUAUUUUUAAGAAAAGGGACAAAUAAGGACAAGUGCAAGUCCUUCCUUUCUUUUCCUCUUCUUCUGUCCAAAUCCAGUUAGCUAAAAUUUGCUUUUCAGCAGUUAUGAGUGUGGUUAGCUCUCAGUGGCCAUCAACCACCUGCAAGGUAACUGUAUGGGAAAAAGUGAUAAGAGCACAGAUGUUCUGUGGUCUCUGUGGACCCCCAAUGACAUCUGAUGUGGAAGAAACUAUAAACUCUAAAGCCAGGGGCCUCUGCAUGGCCUUUGAAAAAUCAAAAACAGCCUAAUAACCAAGACUACAGCAACAUAAGUAUAUGUAUGUAGACCAGUUGACUAACCGGUGACCUCUCAGAUUAUAAAGAAUUUUUGAUUAAAAAAAACCCAACAAGAAACAGUAAGAAAAAUCUAACACAGGAGGACACUGCUCCCCUAUAGGAAAGUGUCAUGGUCUUGUCCACCCUGCGAAACUGUCCAAAUGGAUUAGAGGGUUACAUAUUGUUGGUAAUAGCUCAGGCAAAAGCACUCAAAGACAUUAGGUUGUGAUAAAAAUGUGGGCCUUCUUGGUGCUCACUCUUGCCCUCGCUGUUAGGGCAUCAGACACUAACAACGACACAGUGAUGGAAGAAAAGCUUGUUAUAGCCAGAGGUAAACUGAUGGCCCCCAGUGUCGUCGGAUGAGGCAUAAAGAAAAUGCCGGAGCUCCAUCAUUUUCUCAUGGAGCGCUUAGCUUUAUACCACAACUUGGAAUAUGAUUCAUCGGAGGAGAAGAAUCCACGUCUGAUAUUCUAUAACGAAAAGGACGAGGUUGUAAAGACUGUUCCCGUGAAGAAAAUGAAGGCAGACGAGAUCAGCAGCCUGUUAGACUCACUUGGUUUCUUCAAGAGGUCCCAAAAAGGGGAAGAGGUGCCAGAGGAGUUCCAGCAUUUCCCCCUGCGCGCCCCCAGGGAUGAGCUGUGACGACACCUUGUGGCCAAACUCUGCUGCUGCACCCCAGCCACAUUAAUGAUGAGUGGGGCCCAAAGGCGAAAACGAUAAGCCAGACACCAUUCUGAGGACUUGCUGGCCGGGUGUGGUGUGCAGUGUGUUAGUCAUUGCUGUGUCACUCUGUUUAAUUUUGCUGAAUUUAAAUGAAAAGGCUAUAACACCACAAUAAAUGAUUGAGUGGGUCAAUGAG